UAUGACUUUAGCACUUUAUAUACUUAAUCUACAUUCUUAUAUCGAGUUACAUCGAGUGGUUUCAAAAUAUAACGUCACAGAAGAGCAAAUCGCGUCAUUUGUACAAACUCGCACCCCUUCAUCCACAGAAACAUUUAUCAAUCUGAGGGCCGAGAUCUGUACGCGUUCAAUCACGGAUCCAGAUGAGCCAGCUGGGCACCAGCGAAACUCGCUAAACGCGAAUGGGCGUUUCAAAUGCGUUGAAACAAUGAUAAUAAGCUGUUUUGUUUUGAAAUAGCGAUUGGGACUUAUAAUUAUGAGGUGCUGGUAUCCGCUGGAUGGAUGGGAGGACGUUAUUUGGUAGUUUAUUAGUAAUCGGACCGGUGUGCUGAACGGGUUCAGUUCGAUCUAUACAGGUCUGAAAUGAGAAACAUCACCUGUCUAUUUGGGGCGACCCGACCUCAAAGGGUCUCCUGGCUGCGACUCUUGUUUUUAAUGCUCUUUUGGACCUGUUUAAAAGCACAGCAGUUAAAAAACACUAGAUGGCCGCUGUAUUCUGGCAAGCCUUUGCUCUUGGCGUGGAACGCCCCAACAGAAGACUGUAGACCUCGACAUGAAGUCAUCUUCCAGCUGGAUCAAUUCCAAAUAGUAGCAUCACCAAACGAGGGCUUCACCAAGCAAAAUCUCACCAUCUUCUAUCACAACCGUUUAGGUUUGUACCCUUAUUUUGGGCCGGACGGCAAUCCAGUCAACGGCGGCCUACCGCAGAUCGCCAGUCUCACGCAACAUCUAGAACGGAUGCCAGACGGGCUCAAUAAGUACAUAAGGGACGUGGCAGUAAAAGGACUUGCUGUGAUCGACUGGGAAGAGUGGCGGCCCCUCUGGAUACGUAACUGGGGCCCUAAAGACAUUUACCGCGAUCGUUCGCGACAGUUAGUCGCUAAGAAAAACCCAACGUGGCCUCAAGAUCAGGUGGCCAAAGUGGCCCAGCAAGACUUUGAGCUUUCUGCGCGUAAAUUCAUGUUGGAGACUCUCCGAACGGCCAAAGGCUUACGACCCCAGCAGCUUUGGGGUUUCUACCUCUUUCCUGAUUGUUACAAUCACAAUUACUUAAAUAAGAACUACACUGGACACUGUCCGGAUGUGGAGGUGAAAAGGAACAACGAACUGCAGUGGCUGUGGACGGAGAGCACAGCUCUGUAUCCUUCCAUAUACAUGGCAAAAGUGCUGAAGGACCAGCCGGCUGGACGUCAGUUCGUACGUAAUCGGGUCAAGGAGGGCAUGAGGUUGGCGUCUGUUGGGAACGGGUCAGCCAGGCCUGUGUUUGUCUACACGCGGCCCACUUACCAAAACAAUCCUUCAGCUUCUAACGGGAACCCUCCUGAACUUUUGCUGCUGACCGAGAUGGAUCUGGUGUCGACCAUCGGCGAGAGCGUGGCGCUGGGCGUAGCGGGCGUCAUCCUCUGGGGCGACUCCAACUAUGCUAGCAGUCAAGCGGCUUGUUCCAGUCUUAACGAAUACCUGCGCGGGCCGUUGGGCCGUUACCUGCUCAACGUGACGUCGGCCGCCGAGCAGUGCAGUCGAAACCUGUGCGGAUUUCGCGGCCGCUGCCUCCGCAAGCAUCCCGACACGGACACGUACCUGCACCUCAGCCCGAACACCCACAGCAUCGAGCGGCAGGGAAACACGCUAAAGGUCACGGGCCAGAUGGGAGAAGAAGAGCUGAGGCGCAUACGGGACGAGUUCCAGUGCCAGUGCUAUAACGGCUACCUCGGCAACGACUGCAGCCAGAGGGAUGCCGGGAACAGAGCGGUGCUCGCCUGGACCACGUUGUUGCAGGUUUUGCUGUUACCAAUGAUCUUGAUGGGGUUCCUGCACUGAGGCGUUCGGUGUAAACGAUUCGAGCACAAUGCGCCGGACGUUUCUCGUCAAAAGAUGGGUGCUGUCAACGACAGGAAGGCCUCUCGUUCGCUAGAAUUCGAACACAAUGGAGGAUUUGUAAACUGUGGAUUAAUGUGUAGCACAGCAGUGGAUCGGUGUCGUUCGGUUCGGAAACAUCGCCCCCUGCUGCAUUGGAGGAUGAACUGCGACAGGCGGAAUUGCGACUUUUUUGGCUAGGUUCGGUGUUUGUGUAUGUGUGAUUGAAAUUGUAUCUUGUCUGUGUGUUUUUAUGAAACAUAAUUGAUGUGGUGGUUUUCCGGUGUCAGCCGAGGCCUUUAUUUUUUUGCUGCCUUUAUAUCUUCGCAGAACCAGUUGUGACCUUAUUUCCGCUGUCACGUGACCAGAUCUUUAAAAGGGAUGCAUUUUGUUACUUGCAACGCUGCUGCCUCAUUAAAACCUCACUUAGAUUGAAACCUGUUUUCUGUAUCAUAUUUCACUCCCAAAUUAAAAGAAAUGGAGAAAAUUGAAGUUUUAGGAUCAUUUUGAUUUUACAAUACAACAAAUACUACAAUGAGGUAUAACAUUAAAACUAUUAUACUAAAUUAUUCAUAUUAAAUCACUAAUAUUAAAAUAAAUAAAGAUACAUUUUCAUUAAAUUAAUACAUUUUAUUGUUUUAAAUCUGUUUUCUGUCACUUUGUACUCCAAAAUUAUAAGAAGUUAGAGAAAUUACAUUUUGCAUGAAGAAAAUGGAGCCUGUUUUAGGGUCAUUUUGUGUGUUUUUUUUUUGUUUUGUUUUGUUUUGUUUUUUUUGUAUAAUUUUUCCUUCCAGAAAACACCACAUAAUGCAUCUUUUAUUAUUAUUCUUAUAGUAAUGAACUUUUUUUUUUUUCAGUAAAAAGAAAAUCAUAAUGAUUUGUAAAUAAAUCAUAUUACAGGCAAUACAACAAAUGCUACAAUAAGGCAUUAACAAAUAAAUGAUUCUAAAUGAUUAGCUAUAAACUAAUAUUAAAUCAAUAAAAUUAAUGUAAAAAUGUAUAAAUAAAAAUUAAUUUUAAUUAAAUUAAUAAUUUUAAUUUUUGUCACAUUUUACUCCAAAAUUAAAUGAAAUGAGAGAAAUUAAAUUUUGCAGGAAAAUGUGUAUAUAUAUAUAUAAUUUUUUUUUUUUUUUUUAGCGUUUUUGAUUUAUGUUCAUGACAUUUUCAAAUACAAUUAAAUGCUUAAAACUGGUUUUCUGUCACAUUUUACCUCAAAAUUAAAAAAAAAAAAAGAGAGAAAUUACAUUUUGCAUGAGGAAAAUUAAUGAUUUUUUUAACAUCAUUUCUUAAUUUAUUUUCAUAACAUUUGUGCAUUUUAAUCCCAGAAAUUCUCAUAAUUCAUUUUUUAAUCAUUGUUCUCAUAGAAAACAUUUGGUGUUUUUUUUCAGUAAAUGGAAAUUUGUGAUGAUUUGUAAACUAAAUCUUACUAACAGGGACAUUUUUAUGAAUUAUUGUACUAUAAAUUAUUAAUAUUAAAUCAGUAAUAUUAAAAUAUAAAGUUUAAUGCUUAAAACCUGUUUUCUGUCACAUUUUACUUUAAAAUUAAAAGAAAUUAAAUUACAUUUAGAAGCAAAAUCACAGUUUGCUUGGAGAAAAUUAAGCCUGUUUUUUUUUGUUUUUUUUUUAAUAAUGCAUUUAGAUGGUUUAUUUUGUUUUUAUUCUCAUUUUUCUUUGUAAUUCUGCAUUCAUUUUAUUACAAUAAAAAUAAAACCAUGAUGAUUUAAAUUAAAUCAUAAUAAACUGGGCAAUAUAACAAACACUAAUAUGACAUAAAAUUACAUUUUAAAUUAUUAUAUUUUUAUUGUACCGUGAAUGUGUUUGUUAAAUUAACAGUAUUAACAUUUAUGAUCCUUGCACACCAAGUCCAACAUUUUCGUAUGCAUUUUUCGUAUGUGAAAAACGCAGAAAAUUGAACCCAAUCCGUUUUUGUUUUUUUUCCUGAUGGACGAAAGUUUCAGAUGCAGUGUGUAAAACCGAUUGACACAACACGAGGUUGUAUUUCAUAAUUAUUUUUUAAUGUGUGAAAUUUUCAAAUGAGAAUUUGAGACUCAAUAGAAAUAGAAUUUUUAAUUCCUCUUUACAAUCAUAAUAAAUUCAGAAAUCACAAAGUAUUCUAAUGGUUUUAUAAUGAGGUUUUCUUAUGCAAAAAUGUUGAGUUUAAGCAUCAUGUCUUUGCUUUUGAUUUUGGAGUGAAAUAUGACUUCAAACAUAUUCUUGACAGGUUUUCCGAGACCACUGCUGGAUAGUGAGGAAUUUUUGAUAAUCUUUUACCUACUUCUGCCAAAAACAUGAAUGUAAAUAUCAAAUCAGCGCACUGUGGUUCACUCAAGCAAAGAUGCCUUUUGAUUUUUCUGCCUGGGUUGCACAAAUCUAUUUUGAGGGAGGAUUUCCCCCUUUAAUUGCUGAACUUUGCAUUUCUGCUCUUUAAUUGUGUGGGACAAACUGGAAAAGCUUCAUUUGUGUAUUUCCAGCACAAGUUCACGUCCUUGCAGCAAAACACCCACACCGUCAUAGAUGUGCAUUCAGUGUUUUGUUUUUCCUGUAGUCUCUGUAGUGCCUUUAAAGACAUAGUUUACCCAAAAAUGAAAAUUCUGUCAUUUUACAAACCUCCUUUCUUGUCUAGACAAGUAGAUGAUGUUAGAAAUUGCAUAUUUGGGUGAACAAUCUCUUUAAUUGAUUACGUGUUAAAGAACCUCACAAACCUAAAAAGCUUUUUAGCAGUUUUGAUACCAAAUUCCGUUUGUUCUGUCCAGAUUGACUUGUAUGUUGUUGAUUAUACAAGAUCAGUCACUUCCCGGUUGACUUUUAUCAGGUGUUUGGUGAUUCAGUCGAGUGAAUUGUUCUGAAAGUGUUUGUUUUAUAUUUUUACAAUAAAUCUUGUAUUUAAAUCAA